UAUAUGCACCCAAGUAAGAUCAACGGAAUACUUUGCCCGGAGAGGUGGAUCAAUACACUACAGAUAACUUACAGCAAACAUUUUUCCCGUAACAAAAGUUUCAAAAUAACUAACGCAAAAAUUAUUACAGGACGUAAAAACGGCAGAAGACCAACACCUUUUGAUCGAAGAAACGCACGAGAGGGCGCAUAGAGGAGCCGAUGAGAACCAUGACGAAAUCAUCCGAAGCUACUUUUUUCCCAACAUGCCUCGAAAUAAUUUUAUUGCUUAUGUGGACGAUCGUGUCAAGUCAGGCCCAGAAACUUGCAAUACGAAAUUUACAAAACGACCCAUUACUACUCAUAAAGGAAAGUGCGUGUAAAAUCCAAAUAGGUACAAUAAAAAUAAUCCACCCUAUAAACCUUACAUCCAUUGAAGAAGCAGCAGAAAUUUUGGUUCGAUCGUCUCAUCAAAAUAAUGUCAAUACUAACCCAUUAAUAAGCACUCUAAAAUACAAAACCAAAAAGCUGUACGCUAACCUUUAUCAGCUGAAACCACAAGGACAUCGCCGAUCGAGAAGAUGGAACUCUAUCGGAACCGUAUGGAAAUGGAUUACCGGUACUCCAGAUGCUUCUGAUCUUCAAGCUAUAAACACCACCAUGAAUGACUUAAUAGACCAAAAUAACCAACAAUUUAGGAUAAACCAGAAUAUCAACGAUCGGAUACAGCAACUAACCCAUGCCAUCAAAGAUAUUACAACACAAGCCAAUCUAAACGAUUUGAUGAUGAACGAUGUGGAAAUAAUAACUUCAAUCCUAAACGUUGACAUUUUAAACAAUAUGUUCGAAGACAUCCAGGAUGCGGUCAUGUUGUCGAAAAUGUCCAUCGCCAGCAACAAAAUACUUUCUAUUCGGGAAAUACUCACAAUAAAAGGAUUACUACAUGACCAAGGAGUAAACAUAGACUUACCAGAUGAGGCAUUACAGUUCGUCAUACCAAAAUUUGCCACUAGCCCAGGAACCUUGCUAUACUUCAUGCACGUGCCAUUACUAGAGAAUAACACCGCAUCAAUUAUCAAAUUAUAUCCAAUCACCAACGGAAAUCACAUCAUUAACCAAUAUCCGGAAUACAUAGUAUCAAUCAAGGAGAACAAAGCAUAG